UAUAAGACAUAUAGCGUUUUCGAAUAUCGUUUUUUAUUUUAUUUCAGGCAUUGAGGAAACUAUUAAACUUGUUCGGGCGGCCGGAGGUACGUGUUAUGGCUACGUUUGCGACUUGUGCGAUCGGACAGACAUAUAUAAAAAGGCCAAAAUUAUCAGGGAAGAGAUCGGCAAGGUAACGGUUCUUAUCAAUAAUGCGGGCAUUGUUACGGGAAUGAAAUUUCUGGACACUCCGGACGAACUUAUUAUCAGGACGAUGGAUGUUAAUAUCAUGAGCCACUUUUGGACUGUAAAAGCUUUUCUUCCAAUGAUGCUGGAAAACAAUAAAGGACAUAUCGUGAGCGUGGCCAGUUUAGCCGGUCAAUGUGGGAUUCCAAAAUUGAUAGACUAUUGUGCAUCCAAAUUUGCGGCAAUGGGAUUUGAUGAAGCUCUUCGAAUGGAACUUGAGUACGAAGGGUACAAUAUCAACACAACAGUUGUAUGUCCUUAUUUUAUCCGUAGUACUGGCAUGUUCGAUGAUGUUCAAUCAAGAUACAUCCCGACUCUAAGUCCAAAUGCUGUAGCCGAUAGAAUAAUAAUGGCGAUGAGGUGUAACGAAAAGUAUGCCAUCAUUCCAGGCUACUUACAAAUUUUGCUUACUUUAAAGUGGAUAUUUCCAUGGCCAUGUGUCGCGAUGUUUCUUCAUGGAUUAGUAAGAGACGUUUCGCCAAGCCAUGAAAAUAACAAAUCAUGUGUAAUUGCGGCUACGACUAUCGCGGAAAAGGAAUGUAUCGUACCGCCAUCAAAGGAUCAAAACGUCGCUGCCAUCCAUCAACAAUUAGCUAGACGUAUCUCUAGCCCCGAAAGAAAACCUUGAACUUUUCUUACUGCGUCUCGGUUUUCAUAUCAAUCUAGAAUGUUCAAAUUUUGUUAAAAGGUUAGAGUUUUCUCUCUUCCUAUUGUGUCUUUACCUUGCAGCUCUUCAUAUGUUCCAAUCUUUUAUAUUAUUUUAAUGAAAUAAAUCGCUUAAUAUGUUUGUACAGUGUUGAAUAAAAAUACUAUCCAUUUCGACAAGUAGAA